AUGUCCUCAAACAAUAGCUUUUCGUAUAACUCACACCAUGUUCCGACAAAAAACCCGGCCCAAUACAAAUCUUCACUACCAAGCCAUAACAUCAAUCAGACAUUUCAUCAACAGCCCUCGGCCGGUGGCUACGUUCGACCGGAAUAUGUAGCUCCACAGAAUUGGGCUCCCUACAGCCCGGGUCAGCAUGCGUAUGCUUCGCAGCAAACCCCCUCAGGAGAGUCUGGAGGCGUUGGUGGUAGUUCUGGAAGAAGCGAUGGAAUGACUCCUACUAGUCAGGCACAAGUGAGAGCGACGACAACCGCAACAAUAACGCCUCCUGCGCACCAGAACCAGAAUGGCAUUGGCGCUCGCCAGGUUUCCGGAGCUGGAACCGGUGGUUACGAUUAUGUGACUGCUUACUCUCAUGAAGCUAGCUAUGCGCAAGUCUCUUCUGCUCCCUCGACGUCAGCCGAUUCUUUACAGUCCCAAUUCCGCACUACUGCUCCAUCGUCGCAACAAUAUUUCAACUAUUCCAGUAUCCCGCAGCAUACUGCUGCCGACUAUGUGCCAGCGUACCAGGCGACGGCCUCGACUACUUCUACUGCCCAUAUUUCGCAAACGCACCAAACGCAAUCCCGGGCAACAAAACCAGGCCUUCAACAACAGCGAUUACAAACAUCGAGGAGCAGCGUGCAGGUUCCCGAGAAACCUGCAUCAACAUACACAACCUAUCAGUCAACUCACAAUACUGCUCCGCCGCAACAACAGCCGCUAUUUUCAGCAACGCAGAACCACUCGCUUCUGUCCGCUGCGCUGGCCCAGCCAAUAAUCAAUAAUCCACAAGAUUCCAGCGCCCAAUCUACCCCAGCAACCCGGAGUGCGACACCUGAAGUUCCUUAUUCGUCCGGCCCCUCCUAUCAAAGGACAAAUGUGCAGGCUGCAUCGCAGCAGCCGUUGUCGAUGUUGAGAACUCAAUUGUCGACCGUUUCUAAUCGCCAGGCUCCCAUAGUAGGCUCCUCGGCACAAUCUGAUGAUCGCGAGGAUCUAUUUCGACCCGUACGCGCUCCAAGGGGCAAUGGAGAAUCUAUGCAAAAUACCAUGGAUGUGCAAGAUCAACAGCAUACCACGCCAAAUUACGCCCGAACCCUACAGGAACAGCACCAAGAAUAUCAAUAUCAACAUCAGGCACAAAACCAAACUGAAGCGCGGGUACAGGCACAGGCUCGAGCAGAGGUAAAGUCCCGAGUAGAAGAACAGAUGCAAGCAGAAGCAAAGGUUCAGGCAGAAGCAGUCGCGCAGACAGAGGCGAAAGCUCGAGCAGAAGCCCAAGCGCGAGUACAAGCUCAGGCGCAAGCAGAGAGAGAAGCUCAGGCUCGAGUGCAGGCUCAGGCACAGGCGGAGAGGGAAUCUCAGGCGCAAAUACAAGCACAAGCUCCGAAUCAUUCCCAAGCAACUAAGAAGCCGCGAAAACGAUCUCAAGGAAGAACAAAGCAAGAAAAGUCUUCCUAUCAAUCUCCGGACCAACACCAAGUAAAUCAACAGUACCAACAGUACCAAGAGUACCAACAUCACCAGCAGAACCAGCAGCGGGAUUAUCAGCAGCCGCAACAAUUCCGGUGUUAUCAAUCUCAAGUGCAGCAAACAACCCGGUCAAAUGAUCAGCAGCAGUUGGAGACUUGUGUCCACCCCACUCCCUUUAGAGAUGCUGCCACGCACUUACCGCCACUCACCGGAUAUCACCCAGAGCCCGAGCACCAUCAUGAAGUGCGGGAAUCACAACAGCGACCAGAAACAUAUACUACUUAUCACCCACAAGACCGGAACUUAACAGCAAACGCUUCCCAGUAUCAUCCCCAAUAUCAACUUGAGCCGCAGCAGCCCCCCAGGCACGGUUCUCCGUCACAAAAUAGCACCCACAAUCCCCAGCCCCAGCCGGUUUCACAGCCACAAUUCCAACAAUCCUCGCAAUAUCACUCGCCACCAGAGCCCCAGUAUCCGGCCCAAGAACAACAGCGACAACAUUUGCCACACUCCACGCCUCAAACACCAGAAAUCCCUGAACCCAAGCCAGCAAAUUUAGGACCAAUAGAUCCCACUGCGUUAGAACAACAGAUGAGAGACAUGGUAGAACGGAUGCGGUAUUAUCAAUCACAGGAUCCCCACACUUUUCAAGCCGUGUGGGACAGUGUCCGCAAGAGCAGUUCGAAUGCUAAUGCGAUUGCUAGUGGGGGAGACGACGGACAUCCAAAAGCUAUCAUGCCUAACACAGGCAACUCACAGCGUAGGAUCUCAAAUGUCAGUUCGCCUCCUCCUAUUAGUAGUCCCUUGGCUAGAACUGUAAGUGUUGCAUCUGUCGGGGGGCAUACAGUAGGCGAGGAUACCCCACUGCAACCCCCUCAAAGUGAAACCUAUGAGGAUUAUCACAGUCGAACGAGCAGCAACCGCGAAGUGAACCCCGUCCUCGACCAUCAACCCCCUUUUGAUUUGGUCCGGCAAAACCACUCAGUUCCCCAGGAGCCAGAACAAUUACCUCAGCCUCCCCAGGUACCCGCACAGAGCAUCCCCUUAGACCAAAUUCCAACAGUUCCGCCUCCGAACCAGUCGCCAAGUACCCCAUCUGUAUCUCGUGCUAUCGGCACCAGAUGCACACAGGCACACAACAACACAAGCAGGCACGGAUGGGAUAUUGGGCAAAAGAAACGUGUUGCGAGAGCUGUAGCGAGUUACCUAUGCAGCACUUCUGGGAAUGUCAUAUCCGAGGAGGCUGUUAUGGAACUUCUGGACAAAAAUAACCAUUUCGUUAGCUUGUGCGAAAAACUGGAAAACCGAGGAUUCAAGUUCGAUCGGGGGGUGUUUGCUCGAAAGUUAUUGCAGGAGACAUCAGGGGCAAAAAUGGGAAAGCCAAAGCCGAAGGAAAGGGAGAGUUAUAGUGGAGGUGCACGGGUACUUGGUGAAGUAGAUGACAAACAGGAGAAGGACAUCCAAGAGAAACAACAACAGGCUGUCAGACCCUCGCUUAUUGUGAAGCUACCUCUCACACGGUCGGUUGCUUCGGCGGGUGCGAAUACCGAUACGCCAAUUCAGCCACAAUCCCCCCCACGGGCCGUAAACGAAAUUUUGUCGCGGCCACUUGCUCCUCCCCCAACCGCCCAAACUUCCACGCAUCCCAUGAAAACUCCACCGCAAGCCGGGACUUUUACUGCGGCACCGCGGGGAAGGGGAAGGCCCAGAAAAAACCCAAUUGGGGCAAAUUUCGGACCGCCAGUGACCCCUGCGGCUCAAAUCAUUCAGCAAUCCUCUCUCCCAACACCUCCGGUGACAGUGAGCUCCAAUCCCCAAAACAACAUCUCCCUACUAUCAAUAACUUCCUCUCCUCUUUCCACCCCUACGGGUACAUCCGCACCCAUGCCCAACCAAGAUUCUCAGCUCCAAUCAAGGAGCACUGUCAACGACAGUGUCAACAACGAUAAUAUCCCCGAAAUUCCUAGGAAUCCAACACCUCAGAGCGUAAGAGCUGCACACCCUACCCCUCCACCCCGUCCCUAUAGUUCAUUAGGUCAUCGAAAGGACCCACAGUUCGUGACCCCGUCACUUGUGUUCAGGACGCCGACACCUCCGACAUCAACCGUUUAUCCCACUCCUCUGACAACCGCCACCACCACCACUACAGCUUCAACCACUUUUGAGCAGAACCAUCUGAACAGUUUUCCACCAGAGAUGGCUUCACCCAACUCAACAGUCGGCUCUGCUCGCGGGUCCCAGAACACGGGUCAUGGCCCUACAGAACGUAAUGAACUUGAGAAGAGCUGCGAGGAGCCUGCAGCAUCUGCUGGACCUUCCGACAAGCAAAAAUCCCUUGUUGUUAAAUUACACCUACCCAAGUCGUCGCAACCGAAGGGUAAUUUCACCACCCACCUCCCAACCUCCCGUUUUUAUGCCUAACGUUAAUUCCUCUCCAGUUAGGAAGCCAACCCUGCUACGUGCAGAGAACGCACCCGUUAUCGACCUUACCGAUCCCACUCCGGAGCCGCAAUCUAUUAACUCUUCUCCUAAUCCGGAGUCUGCAGCAACAAACCCCCGUGAGGUGCAAAAGACUAAACAAACUAGUCCGGAGCCCAGCGUAAUGCCGGCUCAACCCCCCAAACCAGAAAUAGUUCUUUCAGAGCAGCCCGUUUCCCAUAUUAGGAGGUCCACUGUCGGGAGGAGAUCUAAAUACAAUCCCGAUACAAUCGUCGCAGAUCUCCUCCGGACUGUAGGGAGGCAUCCUGCUCUCCCAACGCUCAAUUCUGGACUAGAGGUGCUAAAGGACACCCUGCCAAAUUACUUUAGUGGGCCAGUAGAUUUGACCACAAUUCGCUGGGACAUAUUAGAUCCACCCCCACCCUUUGUUCACGGUGACGAAACGGAGGAUGAGGCCGAGAUCCUAGACAGGUCCCUGGGAACUGUCGGGGUUGGCGGCGGUCUGGCUGGUGUUGUGGCUUCGGCUGUUCCGCCUCCGCGUAGAAGAGGACGUAAAAAGAAGGGCGAUGUGGCCUCUAGUGUUCCCGGUCCCGUACGCCCGGCGUCCACGGCCAUCCCCCUGCCCCGCCCGCGAGGUAGACCAAAAAAGGGGACAUCCAUAACACCAAUCAGGGGCGCCAUUAUCAGUAAUGCUUCCGGAGAUGCAGGCGGACCAUCCAACUCUGCCGGUUUUACUCGGCCAACCGGAGGAGCCUCUGUGGACAGUGCCGAUAUCCCUGGUGAGGGGCCUUCCUCUCGUGUUGCCUCUUCUGAGGCAGGCGGAAGGCAGAGGGCAUCGGUAGGUGCCAGUGGCUUACGAAAUUUCUCAACACCUUCAGGAUCUAGCAUCGCUGUUGUGGUCCCUGCGAUGAGUAGGACAUCCAGAUCUGAGUACCUCGCCACUCCGUCUAACGACUCCAACGACCGAAAGAGAAAGUCAGAAGAACGAGCUGAGGGUGAGAGGGCUGGAAAGACUCCAAAACUAAGCGUGAGGCCCCGCUCUCAAAAGUCGAACCGUCCGGAGCCCUCCGGAUUUAAGAUUUUCGAGUGCCGUUGGAAGCAUUGCCGUGCAAGAUUGCACAAUUUCGAAACCUUGCGAAAGCAUGUGUUUAAGGCACACAAAAAAUUGACCACUUAUAAAGCUUAUGCGUGUCUCUGGGCAUCCUGUCAUCGCGAACCUCCCGAAGAAAUGAAGAAGAGAGCAAAAGAGCUCGGAACAACCCUCCCGGACAAGAUAUCCCACGAUUUCAAGAUAGGUGAAGAGUGGGAGGCCCACAUGGACGAGAAGCAUUUGGCGCAGGUCAAGGAAGAACUAGGCCUUGGCCCCGCAGUGCUCCCGAGUGGUAUGAAUCUCACCUAAGCUUUUUCUACCCUAUAUAAAAACCUAACAAUGUCAUAGACUAUGAAUCCGGAAUAAGCGACGUCGACUAUAUGUCCGACCGUGAUGGGCACCCGGUAACUCCCCUCGCUGUCCUCGCUCCCCCGGGAUACCGAUUUACCCCUCCUCCAGGCUUCCCGGUAAACCCGCAAUUUAGACUUGCACACGGAUUACCAGCGCCGCCUGCUCGUAGGAGACGUAACGCGGCUAAUCGGGAGGGGGUACUAGGGGUGGUUAGAAAUCUAGCGGCUGGCUCGUCCGACCCUGAGAAGCCGGAUGAUGACGACGAUGAAGGGUGGAAAGCAGAUCAGAUUCCGGUCGUGGAGGAGGAAGAUGUCCAGAUGAACGACGGAAACUAGACGAAGACCCGCAUUCUGGUUUUCUUGGAGGAUACUUUGCCCUCCUUCACGACAUUACCCUUUCUCCCUUAUUUCUUUCCAUCGCCCUCACUGGAAGGGGCUGAUGACUUGCCAAUGUUGCAAUGCUCUUCUAUAAUUCAGAAACCCCCUCUCCUUGCUCAAAUACCACCCCUCUUUUCUUUCCCUUCCUUUUUCACACUUCAUUCUACAGAAAUUUCCAAAACUCUAAAUACCUCUUAUCGAUUGCUUGUCGUUUGUUUCGUUCCGCCACUCUGGAUACUAGCUUGUAGAUUCACUCCGAAAAAAUUCAGCCAAUACCUGCCGAAUCUUCCUUUCCCCCCCGAAUUGUCUGCACAGCCAUGCUGCUCUGAAGCGACAGUUUUAUAAUCCCAGUGGUCCGGAGGCACAAGGUAUAUUUUGGUCUAGUUUAGCUUGCUCAUUGUUUGUUUAAUUGGCUACUUUUCCUAUCUCCUCAUCCUCCUGUCGGGGCUUUCCUUGAGGUUUGCUGGAACCUGAGAAUUGAUGUAUAGCAAUUGCUUGGCUGACAGAUGGGGAUAGCAAGUGGGAUGGAUGGAUGGACUAAGGGAAGGAGGGAAUUGAUAGCGGGACACGACUAGAGAGAAUCAAAACGUACGAUAGCUUUUCAAACGCCAGUGAUCAAUACAGCUAAAUUUUCUUUCC